AUGACAAAAACAAUUAAAUUACUUACAUAUAAUGUAUUUAUUAGACCACCAGGUAUUAAAAAUAAUGAAAAUGAUUGGAAAGAUGAAAGAAUUGAAUGUUUAAUAUCAGAUAGUUUAUCACCACAUAUAAAUUAUAAUAAAGGGUCAAAGAGUGCACAAGGUAUUCCAAAUGCAGUUUAUAGUGUAGAUAAAACCAGUUUUCCAUAUAUUCCAUACUUUUCACCAUGGAAAUAUCCAGUCUAUGGGAAAUUAAUGGAAGUUACUGGAAUGAAUAAGAAAGCCAAAUCACCACCACCACCAUCAUCAUUGAAACAACAAAAUCUUCAUAAUAACUCUAGUGAUUAUCAAAGUAUAGCACCAUCGAAAUCCAUUUUAGCACAAUAUGAUAUCAUUUGUUUACAAGAGUUAUUUUCAGCAUUUAGUUAUCGUCAACGUAGAUUCAUAGAGAAAGCAGAGCAACAGGGUUUUCAAUAUUACGCUACCUCACCAUCACCACCUUAUCUCCGUUCAACAUUUUUGGUUGAUGGCGGUUUAACCGUGAUUUCAAAGUACCCAAUUGUGGCCUCUGAUUUCUUCCUAUACGAACAAGGUGUCGAUAGCGAUAUGCUUUCCUCAAAGGGUGUGCUAUACACAAAGAUUAAGGUAGUUCCAACUGGUUCAUCCAAUGAUGAUGAGAAUUUCAUUCACCUUUUUACCACCCAUAUGCAAGCUUCCUACGCACCAAAAUCAGAUGGAUCAAAAACUGUUAAAGCUUCCGCCACUCAAGACCAAGCAUCCAAUUAUAAAAAUGAUAAUAUUAGAUUAAUUCAAUUAAAUCAAUUACGUGAAUUUAUCUUUGAAAAAACUUUUAAAGAUAAAUCAAUCAUCAUUUUAGCCGGUGAUUUAAAUGUAAAUGGUAGAGUCUCAAAGGAUGAUCCAAAAGAUGGUGAUUCCUAUUUACAAAUGUUGGAGUUACUCUCAAAUAGCGAUCAAAGAGAUUUACCAACUGGUAAAAAGAUUUUCACAAUUCAAGAUUUAUUAAGAGACGAUUUCAAUGGUGAACAUCCUCCAACAGUUGGUGAUAUCAAAUUUUUAAAAGAUAAAAAACAAGAGAUACCAUUAGAAACGGUUUUAACAAAUCCAAAUGAUUUCGGUUGUAUGAAACGUUUAGAUUAUAUUUUAUUAUUCAAUAGAGAAUUCGAAACUUCAAUAGAUGGUGUUGAACUUAAUUUUAAAGUACCUUCUCCUACUCAACCUUCAAAACACUCUCAACAACAUAAUUCCAUAUCUCCAUUAAAAGGUUCAACAAAAGUUGAUCCAUUCUUUAUUCAAGGUUUCCCAUUCACACAAUUAAGUGAUCAUUAUGGUGUAUCAACUAUUUUACAAAUUAAUAAAUAA